AUAAUAGCGGUCAGAUAAUAAAAAAUAUGAUCUCAGUCAAUUAAUACUGCUAUAGUGUAUGAAACUAUCAAUUAUAAUUCUAUUGAUUUAUUUAUAUAAUAAACGUAAAGAAAUUUAAAUUAUUUCAUGUAUUUAUUUUACCUUUACUUUUCUUUAAUGUUAUUUGAGAAACACUGUAGAAAUCGUAUAACAUGUUUCAAAAACAUUUGUAAAUGUUAUUGGUUAUAUUUUGUAAAUAUAUUUUUUCAUCAUUAUUCUCGGUUAUUUUAAGGUCGAUUAUUUUAAGGUGUAAGAAUGUAUUUUGUUAUAUUUAGAAUAUUACGGAUAUAAAUUGCUAUAAAGUCUACAUAAAUGGGAAACGUCUUUUAUACAUUAUCAUUAUACAUAUGAAAAUUUGUCUUUCACGUAGUUAUGGUAACUUUAUAUGUACGUAUUUAUUAAAUUAGUUAAAAUAUUUUAUACAAAUUUCAACCACUAAUUAAAAAAUAAUUUUUAAUUCUUUUAUAAAACAUUAAUAUUUAAAAAUAAUUAUAAUUAUUAAUAAUCUGAAAUAAAAAAAACGAUUGUAUCUAUUAUAAAACAUGGUUUAUAACAAAGAGCACAAAUUAAUUUUGCAAACAAUUAUGCACGAAGGUUUUCUCUCCGAAAACAAAGCAAAAGAGUUAAUUAUUAAGUUAUUUAAUGAUAAUAAAGUUGUACCAGUAAUAAAUCAAAUAAAUGAAAUAUUACAACCUUUAAACAUGUUGAUCAAAAGAAUACAGUGUGAAAUUACAGGACAAUUGUAUUGGGUUUUAAUAAGUACGGUGCUGGAUGAAGUAACCAGGUUUCAAGCUAAAUUUUCAAAAAAUCAAUUGGCUUUGUUAAGAAUUAUAUUUUCUGAAAUUAUAAUAUCAAACAAUGGAUGCAUACAAAGUACAAUGUGUUUAAAUUUAUGCUCUUCAUCAGAUGUGAAGAUGUCAAAAGCAGAUGCUGAAGAUUUUCUUGAGGAUAUGGUUAAUAGAAAAUGGUUAAUUUACAAGGAUGGUUAUUACUAUAUGGGUAUAAGAAGUAUAACAGAAUUAAUGCCAUAUUUUAAAGCUACCUAUGAAAGUAACUUAAAUACAUGUUACCUUUGCAAACAAAUUCUUUUUCAUGGUAAAAAAUGUAAUUGUGAAACCUUCUUUCACUUGUAUUGCUUGAAGAAAUUCAGUAUGGUUUGUGAUCCAAUGAAAUGUCCUAAUUGCAAUACAGUUAUCUCAGAUGUUGAUCUAUCUGGUAGUAUUUUUUAUUCAUUUCUUUUAUAUUUUUUUAUAUUUUUUAUAAUGAAAUUAACAUACGUAGGUAUACAAGAUGAUUUGACACUAGUAGAAGAGGAUACGAGUAAAGUAAAAAAAUCCAGCAAAAAGGUUUUAAGAAAUAGAAACUAGAUUUAGUUAAAAUACAAAACAAAAUUUAUUUUCAUCCAUAAAUUUUGUAUUAUUAUAAAUAGUGUACUAUGUCAUACAUGUGCAUAUAUGAUAUAUUAUAUCUACAAAUAUAUACAGUAAAACAAUAUAAAUAAAUCUGUAGUGUCUCAACUGUUCUGAUUUUUUUCAAAUUUUUCUCUCAAAUAUUUGAGACCAGCUGUUAUACUUGCUUCAUCUAUACUUCUAUUUUGCUUCAUCUGAUUUUGUACAAUAUUACUUGAUUUAUAUAGUCCAGGAUCAAUUGAUGAAGUAGAACUACUUUGAUUUAUUGUUUCAGUCACAUUAUUAUAUUCAGUAUUAGAAUCAUUUGUGGAUGUACUUGAGUUAGGAGGAAGUGGUAUAUCAUAAGAAUGUAUUUCAUUUUCAUAAGAAUCUAUUUCAUUUUCUGUAGCAUCCUGUUGAUAUGGAUGAGACUUGAUGUCAUUAUAAAUACUCAAGGGUAUAUCAGCAUUUUCAGAAUUUAAAUAACCAGCACUUUUUGAAUUUUUAUAUACUGGUCCAAAUUCAGUAACUCUCAUUUUCCUACAUUUCUGUACCCACUCUUCCUGAGACAUUUCAUACCAAUGUGUUCUUUUGCCUAGAAGUUCUCCUAAAGCUUUUAUUUUAUUUUCUUUUUCUAAUUCUUUAUUUUUUUCCAUACUUUGGUUUUCAUUAUUUUCUUUCUUAGUUUCUUUAACUUUGAUUAAAUUUUCUUCUGUAUUAUGCAUAUUUUCUGAUGCAUUUUGACUAGAUUCACUGUCAUUCUUUUCUUUAAACUCUUCCUCUAUUGUAUCUAUAGGUAAUCCUGCUCUAAUACACUGUCUAAUUUUAGCUGCUUUUAAUCUAUUAUGUUCCAUUUUCUGUCUCAAUUCUUUUAAUUCUUUUAUCUCUGUCUGUUUUCUCUCUGUUUCUUUUCUUAAAUUAAACAGAUUCUUCUGUUGCUUAAUUCUUUCUUCCUCAUCUUGUGAAAAUGCAUAAUAACCAACACCAUGGGUUCUAGCUUCAUCAAAUAAAAUAUCCUGAUAAUGUAUAUUCACUUUAUCAGCUAGUUUUUGCGUUUGUUCCUCCCAUUUUCUCCUCAUAAUUUCUAUUUCAGGUUCUUUCUCUUCUUCCACAUAAUUUUGAUCAACAGCAUCAUUGGUUUUUGGAUCAAUUCCUUUUUUAUUUAUAAUUUGUUGUUUAAUCAAUUGAUCCUUUUCUUGCAUCAAAGGCAAAUCUUCCCGUAAACAUUUUCUUGUGCGGCCAAAACAAUCUUCAUAUUCGACCCAGUCAUCCUCAUUUUCUAAUACUGCAUCAGUUUCAUCUUUUGAUAAUGGUUCCUCUUCAGAUUCAUCUGAUUUAUUUGUAAAGUCAACAAGAAAAUUCUCAUUAGUGGUUCUGGAUUUUUUUAAUCGUUCGUAUAAUCUUGCUUUUGCCUCCAGCAUCAAUUUUGACUUUUUAUGGGUAUCAACAUCCUCAAUAUACUCUGGUAUUUUUGAAUUUUCCUUUUUAGAUUCCUCUUCAACUUUUUUGGACUUCUUCUUUUGUAGCUUUGAUGCUAUAUGACUAAUUUCUGAUUUCAAUUUCGCUUCAUUUACUUCAUGUUGCUUUUUUAAAAGCUCUGCUUUUAAACCAACGAGCGAUGAAAAAUUUAUAUUAAUCUUUUUCGUGUUAUUCAUUUUUAAAUAAUUAUUUAAAAUUAUUAAUUAUUUAAAAAAUUAUUUUAUUGAUAUUACGAAUUCAUAAUUCAAUCGCACUUGGAAAAUGAUUAUGGAUAUACUUUUUCUGAUUUAUGCCCUUUACAGGAGUGUAAUAAAUUGAAUAUUUUAUCAUUUAUUUUUUUCUUAAAUGUCAAUGUAAAAUAUUAAUUAUAGGUUAUGGUAUUAAUAAUAUUUGCCUUCAAAGUGUAUUUAAAGCAUAAAUUUCAAUUUGUAUAAUCAGAUAUGUAUAUAUACAUUAAAAUAAGUAGAUUUGAUCUUGUUUUAAAGAAUCAUAACUUUAAGUAACAUGGUUAACAAAUUCUAAAUUUCGUUUACGUGAAAAUUUAUACAAAUGAAUCUUUUAAAGAUCUUCAUACCAACAUAUCAAAGGUAACUGCUGGAAAGGCUCCACACACACACACAUAUAUUAAUACGCGCGCACGCGAGCUUACACGUACACACGCACACCACACACACCACACAUAUCAUCGUUGGAAUAAAAGAAAUUGAAACUUUUAUUAGAAGUAUUAAUUAAGUAAUUAUCACUUGUAUUAUUUAAAAAAUUAUUUUUAUAAGAAUUAA